UCGGUUGAUUGAACGUUGUAGGUGUGACAGUUGCUGAGGGGUUCACGUACUAUGGGAUCUCAUCAAACCUGAUAACUUACUUGACGGGUUCACUUGGCCAGUCGACGGCAACGGCAGCCGCGGCCACGAACGUGUGGUCCGGCGUAUCUUCACUGCUGCCUCUUGUAGGUGGUUUUUUAGCUGAUUCUUUCUUUGGCCGAUACCGCACCAUUGUCAUUUCUUCGCUUCUCUACAUGCUGGGGCUAGGGUUGUUGACUCUACUUGCCGUGCUUACUUCUGAUUACCAAAACACGAGUAAUACCACAUCAAGUUCUCCUCCACAAAUCUACGUGACCUUAUUCUACUUGGCUUUGUACUUAGUCGCAAUCGGAGAAGGUGGGCAUAAGCCUUGUCUUAUGGCUUUUGGAGCAGACCAAUUUGAUGGAAAAGACCCUGAGGAGAGCAAAUCCAAAAGCUCAUACUUCAACUGGUUGUAUUUCAGUUUCUCAAUGGCCGUCAUCUGUACACUUUUGGUCAUGGUCUAUGUUCAGGAUAACUUUGGCUGGGCCCUCGGAUUCGGAAUCCCCUGUUUGAUGAUGGGAGCUUCAUUGUUUCUUUUCUUGCUUGGAACCAAGACCUAUAGAUAUACUACUGCCCAGGCGAAUUAUAAAGACCACCCAUUUGUCAAAAUCGGCAGAGUAUUUGCUGCAUCAGUCCGACGCCGGAGACCACCGAUUGCCGCUGAAGAGAGAGCUUGUGAUUCCAAUACCAACAAACCAUUGCUCACACCAACUAAUCCUGUAGAGGGUAGAAAAGUCCGUAGUACUACCGGGGAGGUUGAAGAAGCAAAGGCAGUAUUAAGGCUCAUUCCAAUAUGGGCUUCAUGCUUGGUAUACGCCACUGUCAUGGCACAAAUUCCAACAUUCUUUACAAAGCAAGGAGUCACACUGGACAGGAAGAUCGCCUCAAAUUUCGUCAUUCCCGCUGCGUCGCUACAAUCUUUCGUUGGCACUGCAAUCGUUCUCUCAAUGCCAGUCUAUGAUCGAGUUUUCGUUCCGAUAGCAAGAUCUAUAACCAGGAAACAAUCUGGCAUCACCACGCUCCAAAGAGUUGGGAUCGGUAUGGUCUUAUCUGCUACUUCCACAGUGAUUGCAGCUCUAAUUGAAAUGAAAAGGCUUAAAACAGCAGAAGAAUAUGGAUUGGUUGAUAACCCACAAGCAACAGUUCCAAUGAGUAUAUGGUGGCUGGUUCCUCAAUAUAUUCUAUUUGGUGCUGCAGAUGUUUUCACCAUUGUUGGUCUGCAAGAAUUCUUCUAUGACCAGGUCCCAAAAGAACUGAGGAGUAUGGGUGUGUCGCUUAAUCUGAGUAUUUUCGGCGUGGGGAGCCUCUUGAGCAGCCUGCUAGUCUCUGCCAUUGACAAAGGAAGUAACAAGAGCUGGUUCAAUGAUAAUCUUAACCAGGCACAUCUUGAUUACUUCUAUUGGCUACUUGCUGGACUAAGUGUUCUAGGGUUGGUAUCCUUCUUCAAUUCUGCUAAAUCUUACGUUUACUGUAAGGAAAUUGCAUGAAAUAAUUACAUUUGAGCCACAAAGAAUAAAAAAAGGCCAACAAUGGUGGGCUCUCAAGAUUCCAUAUGGUCCAAUCUUCCUUGGCCAUACUCUCUCGUGCCAUAAUUCAUGUUUGUGGUUUGAAAACAAUUAUUGUUCGAUCAAUCAUUGCUUGGCUGGAAACUUGACGUAUAAUCAGGUCAGGGAAGCGCAUUGCAAUUGCUAAUAUUGGAUGAGUUUUGAUUUAGACCUUUAACUCCUCUUGUUAAGAUGAUGGUGCCAAUUGGUUACAUUCGUUUGUGGAUGCGUAUUUUUGCAUUUGGAUA